UGCAUAUGACCUUCUUGAAACUGUACAAGAGAUGGCAAACAGACAGCAAUUCUCAGAGAUGGUGAUAUACAUUGAAAGCUGUAAUUCUGGAUCAAUGCUUGAACAUCGUCCUAGUAACGUACAGAUUUACGGAGUGUCUGCUGCUGAUCCCAACAACCCCUCCUAUGGUUAUUACAUUGAUGAAAAAAGAGAUGCAUGCAUUGCUGAUCAAUUCAGUGCACAUUGGCUGUUGCACUGCAAAAAGUCUGACCUGACAGAAACAACCUUCCAGGAUCAGUUUCAGUAUCUGAGAAGCCAGGUCAAGCUUUCCACCCCUUGUCAGUAUGGAAACAACGUACGUACAAUCUUACAAUUAAGUGCUAGAUCUCAUUUUUCUAGUUUCGGGGACUAA